AUGUCACCCAGGAUCCCCGCAGAUCUAGGUCUCACGCAAGGCCCAGUACAAUUGACUGAAGUCGAGAAGCUGGGAAGCGACGGCUUAUGCUUCUCGUCAACCUCCACUGGCUGCAAUGGAGAGGCUCCUGGCGGCCUGUCUCUUGCCAGACGGAUGAUGAACCUUGGGUCGAUGUUCUGCCCGUGCUGUGGGUUUGAUAUUUUGUCAAUACAGGAUGGCUAUCAAGCCAUACCUGAGACGCCUCACACUUCACUUAGUACAUCUAGCCCCUACCACAUCGAGAAGCCACCUUCAAUGCAGGUUAUGAUUCCCAAGUCGUACAACCCUAAUGCUGUGGACUCUGAGCAGCAGGCUCCGUUGUAUAGCGACCAGCCAAGUACGCCAUUGCCACGACUUUCUGGGUUUGCGGCCAGUGACACGGCCUACCCGCCAUUGUUGACGGCAGAGGCAUCUAGUAGUCAAGGCCAAGGCUUCAUAGGCCCAAUCAUCAAGGCUGAAUCCCCGGUUGGUCCCGACGACCUAGUUUUCCAACCCGAACACCCACUGGACACACCAGUGCCGGCCAUACCUUCCUAUAGUCAAAACGUUCCUGCACAGGGGGGGAGAGAGGUGGUCUUUCACCAAAGCGAGAACCUCGCUUCUCUCUCCGCCCGGUAUAAUCCUUCGCCUUCUCACGCUGCCACCAGUAGAUCAAGCGCAAUUUCCCGGGACCAUGCCGCACCACAUGAGCACCAGCCAACUUUUGACAUACUGCAGCCCAAUCAGAGAGGUGGUAAGCGUGGGCCUUUUAAGGAUGCGUCUCUGCGGGAGCAGACUGCACAGACAAGGAAGAUCGGUUCCUGCAUUCGAUGCAGGAUGCAAAGAAUACGAUGCGAGCAUAAUGACGCCGACCCUACGGGGCCGUGUCUGACUUGUAAGAAGGUGGCCAACACAAGGGCCGGCGGCUUCCCGUGUCUACGGCUCAAAAUUACAGAUGUCAAAUGUUACAAGCCCGGCCAAGUCCCUGGCUACGAAUGGAGCAAAAGAUGGAUCAACGCUGUUCCAGGCCCUAUCCAGAAGUGGGCAUCCACUGAAACCAAGAUAAUAAAGAUCUCGGAAGGGUUUUCUGACGCGACACUUGAAGUUGUGGUCAAGAAGUUCAUCCCAAUAGAAGGUGACAAGCUGGAAAGAAGUUGGUACCAUAAUGGAGAGAAGAAGACUGUUUCAAUUCCGCCAUUCGCGCUAGUGGAAUUAGAGACAGUAAAGGCAGCCUACCUACAGCACAUCCACCAAUCAAUGAAUCAAGCCUUUGCGAAGAUUGUUGGGCGGCGUGGUCUGAUAUAUAGAACCUACCAACAGUCACUCAAACUCUGCAGGAGACAAGCGAUGUCAACAGAAUCUAUGGAGCUUCUGCGCGACACAUUCAGGCUUUGGAUGGCCGUGAGGCUCUCGACAACAUCCAACUUCAUUGUGGGAGAUGAGACCCUGGGUAUGCCCAAGGAUAUCCUCGAUGAAACCAACCCUCACCCGGGGACGAUCCCAAUCCCUCCGGUCCUCGGAGCUCAGUUGGAUUUGAUCCUGAUUCAUCAAAUACAGAGCACUCUGAGGCGCCAGGUGCUUGAUAAGCUGGAAAAGAUUGUUUCGAAAAGAAAGCACAGCACAUGGAUGGUCUCAUACCUCGUUACCUUUGUCUUGUUGCACAACGCUGCCCUCAUAACCGCUCACGACGCCGGUUAUGCUCGCAAACAUGGAAUGAAGCGUCGAUUUGCUCGAGAGGACAAGGUUAGAGAGUAUCAUGGAGGUGCCAACAUCCUGCUCGCACAUUUUCAUUACUGCAACAAGAAUGUCCAUCCUUUCACUGACGGAUGCAAGGACCAGGAUCUGCGGACGCUUGCAGGCCUGGAAGAAGACCAAAUCCGGUUUGUGCAUGCGACCAGAAACUACGCGAAGAGGCAUCAACAAGAAUGGGAGGGAAUCCGUGCGAGGGGUGAAGUUGAGAAUGACUACUAUUUUGUCAGCCAGCUUUACGACGACAAUUGGGAGGUUCGGAGCACGAUAUAA